AUGACAAAAUUAGUUGUUGUUCAGUAUUCCUUUUCUAACCCUAUAGCCGAAUCACAACUCACAAGCGAUGCAGUCAGCGACGCCUUGAAACGAUUCCAGCGAAUGUUUGGCCUUCCUCAAACGGGUGAAAUGGAUGAGGCAACGAGCAAACUUAUGUCGAAAAAACGCUGCGGGGUCAAAGACGUACAGCGAACGUAA